UAAGGGCGGGGGGAGGGCGUCACGUGAUGACGUCGGUUCGCGUGCGGCUGUUGCUAAGUUGACAAGAAAACCCCGCGAAAAUCUAGAGUCUGCGUUGCACAUUUUGUUGAUUUCCUCAGUCUUUUUCUUCCUUUCCUCCCUUUAACCUCCGGAGAGAGGAUUGAAGGGGGAAAAAAAAAAAAAACUCAAGCGCUUUCGGGACCCGGAAGCGGAAAGGGCAUCUUUGAGGUCGAUACUUCCGGGUCACUGGGAGAGUGCGGGAUUCCGGGGCCGAGAGCGGGUGGCGGAGCCGGGACCUCGCGUGAUUCUCGGAACCCGAGGAGGAGCGACGUCUGUGGCUAUGGCUGUGACUCUGGACAAAGACGCUUAUUACCGGCGAGUGAAGAGACUGUACAGCAAUUGGCGGAAAGGAGAAGAUGAGUAUGCCAAUGUUGAUGCUAUUGUUGUAUCAGUGGGUGUUGAUGAAGAAAUUGUUUAUGCCAAAUCAACUGCCUUACAGACAUGGCUCUUUGGUUACGAACUGACUGACACUAUCAUGGUCUUCUGUGAUGACAAAAUCAUCUUUAUGGCCAGCAAGAAAAAAGUAGAGUUCUUAAAACAGAUUGCCAACACUAAGGGCAAUGAGAAUGCUAAUGGAGCCCCUGCCAUCACACUGCUGAUACGAGAAAAGAAUGAAAGUAAUAAGAGCAGCUUUGACAAAAUGAUUGAAGCCAUUAAAGAAAGCAAGAACGGCAAGAAGAUUGGAGUGUUCAGCAAAGACAAAUUCCCUGGAGAGUUCAUGAAGAGCUGGAACGACUGCCUCAACAAAGAGGGCUUUGACAAAAUAGAUAUCAGUGCAGUUGUGGCCUAUACCAUUGCUGUGAAGGAGGAUGGGGAGCUCAACCUAAUGAAGAAAGCAGCCAGCAUCACCUCUGAGGUCUUCAACAAAUUCUUCAAGGAAAGAGUGAUGGAAAUAGUUGAUGCAGAUGAGAAAGUUCGACACAGCAAACUGGCUGAAUCUGUGGAAAAGGCCAUUGAAGAGAAAAAAUACCUAGCUGGGGCAGACCCUUCUACUGUGGAAAUGUGUUACCCUCCCAUUAUUCAGAGUGGUGGCAAUUAUAAUCUCAAGUUUAGUGUGGUGAGUGACAAGAAUCACAUGCAUUUUGGGGCCAUCACUUGUGCCAUGGGUAUUCGCUUCAAAUCUUACUGCUCCAACCUUGUUCGCACUUUGAUGGUUGACCCUUCUCAGGAAGUUCAAGAAAAUUACAACUUUUUGCUCCAGCUUCAAGAGGAGCUGCUAAAGGAAUUAAGACAUGGUGUGAAGAUAUGUGACGUGUACAAUGCUGUCAUGGAUGUGGUUAAAAAGCAGAAGCCAGAGCUGCUGAACAAAAUUACCAAAAACCUAGGGUUUGGAAUGGGAAUUGAAUUCCGUGAAGGCUCUUUAGUAAUUAAUAGUAAAAAUCAAUACAAACUGAAGAAAGGGAUGGUUUUCAGCAUCAACCUGGGAUUCUCAGAGCUGACUAACAAGGAAGGGAAGAAACCAGAAGAGAAAACCUAUGCCUUGUUCAUUGGUGACACAGUGCUUGUGGAUGAGGAUGGCCCAGCCACUGUUCUUACUUCUGUGAAGAAGAAAGUGAAGAAUGUGGGGAUUUUUCUAAAGAAUGAAGAUGAGGAAGAAGAGGAGGAGGAGAAAGACGAGGCUGAGGACCUGUUGGGAAGAGGUUCUCGGGCAGCAUUACUUACAGAAAGAACACGAAAUGAGAUGACGGCGGAAGAGAAGCGAAGAGCUCAUCAAAAAGAACUGGCAGCUCAGCUCAACGAGGAAGCAAAGAGGCGAUUGACUGAACAGAAAGGAGAGCAGCAGAUUCAGAAAGCUCGCAAAUCUAAUGUGUCAUAUAAAAACCCAUCUUUGAUGCCUAAGGAGCCACAUAUUCGGGAAAUGAAGAUCUAUAUUGAUAAGAAAUAUGAGACCGUAAUAAUGCCUGUGUUUGGCAUUGCGACACCUUUUCACAUUGCCACAAUCAAGAAUAUAAGUAUGUCUGUGGAAGGAGAUUAUACUUACUUGCGAAUCAACUUUUAUUGCCCAGGCAGUGCUCUGGGCAGGAAUGAGGGCAACAUCUUUCCUAACCCAGAGGCCACUUUUGUCAAAGAAAUUACAUACCGAGCUUCAAAUAUGAAGGCACCUGGAGAACAGACAGUACCAGCCUUGAACCUUCAAAAUGCUUUCCGAAUUAUAAAAGAAGUACAGAAGCGUUAUAAGACUCGAGAAGCAGAAGAGAAAGAGAAGGAGGGCAUUGUGAAACAAGACUCACUGGUGAUCAAUCUCAACCGGAGUAAUCCCAAACUGAAAGAUCUGUACAUUCGCCCCAACAUUGCCCAAAAGAGGAUGCAAGGUUCACUGGAGGCCCAUGUCAAUGGUUUCCGUUUCACAUCUGUUCGAGGAGACAAAGUGGAUAUUCUGUACAAUAACAUCAAACAUGCUUUGUUCCAGCCCUGUGACGGAGAAAUGAUUAUUGUCUUGCACUUUCACCUCAAGAAUGCCAUCAUGUUUGGGAAGAAGCGGCAUACAGAUGUGCAGUUCUACACAGAAGUGGGAGAGAUCACCACAGACUUGGGGAAACAUCAGCAUAUGCAUGACCGAGAUGAUCUCUACGCUGAGCAGAUGGAACGAGAAAUGAGACACAAACUGAAAACAGCAUUUAAAAAUUUCAUUGAGAAAGUAGAGGCUCUAACUAAAGAGGAACUGGAGUUUGAAGUGCCUUUUAGGGACUUGGGAUUUAAUGGCGCUCCCUAUAGGAGUACCUGCCUUCUUCAGCCCACUAGUAGUGCGCUGGUAAAUGCUACAGAAUGGCCACCUUUUGUGGUGACUUUGGAUGAAGUGGAGCUGAUUCACUUUGAGCGGGUCCAGUUUCACCUGAAGAACUUUGAUAUGGUAAUCGUCUACAAGGACUACAGCAAGAAAGUGACAAUGAUCAACGCCAUUCCUGUAGCCUCUCUUGACCCCAUCAAGGAAUGGUUGAAUUCCUGUGACCUGAAGUACACAGAAGGAGUACAGUCUCUCAACUGGACUAAAAUCAUGAAGACCAUUGUUGAUGACCCUGAGGGCUUCUUCGAACAAGGUGGCUGGUCUUUCCUGGAGCCUGAGGGUGAGGGAAGUGAUGCCGAGGAGGGAGAUUCAGAGUCUGAAAUCGAAGAUGAGACUUUUAAUCCUUCAGAGGAUGACUAUGAAGAGGAAGAGGAGGAUAGUGAUGAAGAUUAUUCAUCAGAAGCUGAAGAAUCAGACUAUUCCAAGGAAUCAUUGGGCAGUGAAGAAGAAAGUGGAAAGGAUUGGGAUGAACUGGAGGAAGAAGCUCGAAAAGCGGACCGUGAAAGUCGUUAUGAGGAAGAAGAAGAACAGAGUCGAAGUAUGAGCCGGAAGAGGAAGGCAUCUGUGCACAGUUCAGGCCGUGGCUCUAACCGUGGUUCCAGACACAGCUCUGCGCCCCCCAAGAAAAAGAGGAAGUAACUUCUGAACUUUGGCUCUCAGCUCCAUUCUUCUUCCAGCCAACCCCUGAAAAUUUUACAUGACAUAGAAACUGUAUUUUUCCUUUUUUUCUUUUGAAGUUUGGCCAUUUGUGUUGAUGGGUUUAGGGGCCAUUUGUGUGGACCAAUCUCCUCGGGGAAUUCCAGGCCCACCAGGACACGCGCCAACGGCCCCAUCCAGAUGGCAAGGGAGGCGGUGUUCUUGAAGAAGGGCAGAGGCUUCCGCUGUUGAUAAAUAUUGUUUCAUUCCUCUCUCUUCCUGUCACCUUCUGCCAGGACAUCAGUGGCUUCUGACAUCUUAUUCUUUGAUGUCUCAAAGCUAUAUUUCCAAGACAUUGGUACGAGGUGACCCUUAACUACCUGUACCAUGGUUCUUGACCAGCAGGUUCGAGCCUCCAUCCUGCCCUACUGCCAUGACCUUCCUCACAUCUCUUUAAGUUCCAUCUUUGCAGUACUCAAGAAAAGGUUCUUGGAAUUUGCUAAUGGUUUGAUAAGCCAUACAGCUUGAGCUAGUUGAGGCAGAUCGGGCUGGUUACCUCCGUCUGAGUUUUCCUGCUUUGUUGCCUCAUGCAGAUGCUGAGGUAUUUCUGCUGCCUUUGAAGACAUAAGAAGCAGUGACACUCCCUGGCUUGGUUUUAUCCUCCUUAAAAAUGCACACAUGGUACAAUGG